AUGCAGCACAACUACAGUAAAGAAAUGAUGAUCAGGUUGGCGGUCGCGUUCAUGGUACUGCCCACUAUAUUCGUAGUACGUCGCAACGCCUCUGCACUUCUGGCACUGACAGCAGCAGCGGCUGUACAUGGCCAUCUUGGUCAACAUCAACCACUGGAUGCGAACGGUCAACCGAUCAUGGAUGAUCCAGGCUUGAUAUUCUUCGAAGAGACCAAGUUCGCCAUCAACAUGAUCUCGAUCAUCGGCCUUGGGCUUGUCAAAUCUUCACUUCUGAUAAUGUACAAGAACAUAUUCGCGGUUCGAAAAUUCCAGAUAGUUGUGUAUUGCGUGCUUGCUUUUGUCGUCGGCUGGACCAUCAGCUUCUCGAUAUCACAUCUUUUCACGUGUUACCCGAUCACGGUUUUCAUCGAGCCGUACUACAAUAUACCGAUGUUCUUGUCUCUUCUGUUCACCGGUGUUAUUGCCGACGUAGCCAUUCUUGUUCUCCCCAUACCGAUGGUUAUGAGUAUUAAGAUGGAAUUCAAGAAGAAGCUGGCAGUCAUUCUCAUGCUAGCUCUAGGCGCAGCCCAUCAUACCGUCCUUCCGCUGACCAUCCAGUGUAUGCGCUCUGGCGUGUUCUUUUGGACCAACAUCGAGCUAUCGCUCGCGAUAGUCUGCGCCUGCCUACCUACACUGCGACCAAUUUGGUUCCACUUCCAUCCAAGGGAGCCUACGUUGAAGACAUCGUCGGCCUAUGGAUCUUCGAAACUUACUGGAUCAAAGCCAAACAGUAGUUUUGGUGUCAAGUACAGCAGCUCUCGCAAACCGUACAGGGAGAUUGACGAGUUGGAACUCACUCAGUACGACAAUGAGCAGGCCUCAUCCAUCGAAACGGGCCCACGGCCAAUAUCAGAUGAACCUGGUAUUCGAAAGGCUGUCACGAUCCAUCAGACCCUGAAUUAA